CAACUGGUAGUCGUUUCACGCAAGGAAAAACAGUGAUAGACACGAAAUCUUCAAAUAAUAUAAAUUUAAAAGAUAAAUGCAGCGAAUUAAUUUAUUACCACGGCUCUCCAAGCAAGCUGGCUUACUCCGUCAAUUAUGCCUUACAAGAAAUGCCUCAACACUAGUUAUAGCUGAACACAAUGAUAAGGCAUUGGCACCAAUUACUCUAAAUGCUGUGACAGCUGCUAAUAAGCUUGGAGGAGAAGUAACUGCUCUAGUUGCUGGCACAAAUUGUGGACCUAUUGUAGAAGAACUUAGUAAAGUUAAGGGAAUUAGCAAAAUCCUUGUAGCACAGCAUGAUGCAUACAAAGGUUUUCUGCCAGAGGUUCUUACACCUUUAGUAAUGGCGACACAAAACCAAUUCAACUUCUCACAUAUCACAGCUGGUGCUACUGCAUUUGGAAAGGGACUUCUACCAAGAGUAGCAGCRUUACUUGAUGUUGGUGCUUUAUCAGAUGUGACAGAAAUACAGUCGGAAGACACCUUUGUAAGAACAAUUUAUGCUGGUAAUGCAGUAACAACCGUCAAGUCCAAUGAUCCUAUCAAGGUAUUUACAGUCAGAGGAACUACAUUUGAAGCAGCAGCUGCAGAAGGAGCAGGUGUUUCAAGCGAAGAUGCCCCAAGUGCAGAUACAAGUAAUGAGCUAUCAGCUUGGGAAUCUCAAGACCUGACAGUCAGCGACAGACCAGAACUAACCAGUGCUAAAGUAGUCAUAUCUGGAGGAAGAGGAAUGAAGAGUGGUGAUAACUUCAAAAUGUUGUAUGAUCUUGCUGAUAAAUUUAAUGCUGCAGUUGGGGCUUCUAGAGCUGCAGUUGAUGCUGGUUAUGUCCCUAAUGACAUGCAGGUUGGACAGACUGGCAAAAUGGUUGCUCCAGAAUUGUACAUAGCUGUUGGAAUUUCUGGUGCUAUUCAACAUCUUGCAGGAAUGAAAGAUAGCAAGGUGAUUGUUGCCAUUAACAAGGAUGCUGAAGCCCCAAUAUUCCAAGUUGCUGACUAUGGCUUGGUUGAAGAUUUGUUUAAGGCUGUACCAGAAAUGACAGAAAAGCUUUGAUAUGUUUGAACAAUGCACUAGUUCUGUAGUAUUACAGUUAAGUCUACAUUGUGUUGUAUACACCAUGGCUACUGURGUGAUAUGAAUGAUAUAAAUACGACAUUUUGUGCGUUGUAAUUGUACAAUUUUUAUUGGUAAAGUAUAUCAAAAUCAUAUUUGUUUAUGUAAUUACGGUAAAUGUGUAAAGUUUUAAGUAAAGGUUCCGUUGCAUUCGAA